AUGAAACACUUGCCAAUACGCCCAUCAGAUGUUCAGGAGGACUUCAACGCACUAUUAGCACGCUCAACGUCCUCAAAUAUCGUAUCGGUGCAGGCGUGCAGCGUCCUACUGAGUGCCUUGGUCGCCGGUGCUUUUGGUGGAUUCAUCGGUGGUGGCAGCGGUGGCCUGGGCGGUGGCCUGAGUGGUGGUCUUAGUGGUGGAUACCUUGCUGGAGGCAGUCUCGGAGGCUACGGUGGAAGCUACGGUGGUGGAUACGGCGGUGGUAUAGGAGGUGGCGUAGGCUUCGGAGGCCUUGGUGUCGGAGGCCUCGGAGGAAGUGCUGGCAACGUCGGUGUCGGAAGCAGCGUAGUCCUUCUGAACGGUGGCAGAGCAGGCGCUGCAAAGUCGGUGGCCGGCCCCGCCUUCUUGGUUCGCACAGUGCAUCACGUGUCUCAAGUUCACGGUGGCGGAGCCGUCGUAGCCCACUCUGGUCUCGGAGGCGUCGGCAGAGGCGUCAGUGGAGGCGUCGGUGGAGUCGGUCUGGGCGGCGGUCUCGGAGGAUUUGGAGGUGGAUACGGAGGUCUCGGGGGCGGAUAUGGUGGAUACGGUAGCUAUGGUGGUUACGGAGGCUAUGGAGGCUAUGGAGGCUAUGGAGGCUAUGGAGGCUAUGGAGGCUACGGUGGCUACGGUGGCACUGGUGGAAGCGUAGGCAAGGUUGUCGUCGUCAAGCACCACAAAUGAGCGUCCACUUCACAUGGCGUCCACAAUAUAUGUGAAUAACCUUCCACUUCCAAUGGGAGUCUGUACAGCAUCUAUCUCUGGUGAAAACGGUCACCAGCUUCUAGGUGCCUUCUAAGUCGAAGAGAUAUAUUCUCAACAGUGCAAAUUGUGUUUGUGAAACGUGUAAAUAAAUUUUGACGAGGACGUUGUUCCUCGGCUUCACAAAGA